AUGCCCUCCCACAAGGAGCCUUUAUAUUCAACCAUCCCCGGGCCCACUCAGGUGCAAAGCCCGCCGAACGACAACUUCACUCAGGGCCAUGGCCACGGGCACGAUCUACACGAGAAGAGCCGCAACGAGGGCGGCCCAAUGAGUGCCAACGCUCAACACCUUCAUAAAGAAGCCCUUAGAAUGGCUCUAGGGAGCAUCCUCAACCCGAAACGACCAUAUACCCCGUCUUCUCGCUCGUCGUCUGGCACUGCGAGCCCUGCCUAUCCUUAUUCUUUUCAUCAUUCACCAGUUCCAGGGACUCCAUCUAUACCCCCUGCUCCUCAUCCGACGCCAUCCAGUGGUCGGUUUUCUGAAUCACACCUUAGCCCUUUUCCGUACCAUCCUCACCCACAGCCUCACCUCCCUCAUGCCCACCCUCCUUUAUUGCACUCCCACUCCCAGCCUCAUGUGCCUUCGCGUCUAAGUCAAUUGGAUACUCAAACGGGCCCCCAAGACGGCGAUCAGGUAUCCCAUUCGCAAAGAAACAGCCCGACCCACUCUGGAGCGGCAUCCAAUUCGGCCAGUCACUGUUCAUCACCUAUUUUGAGCCAGGCGCCAGGAACAUUGUCAGAUGCUUCGAUCACGGCGCCAGCCAAUCCUCAACAAGAAUAUCCGGACGGCCCGGUUCUCGCUCCAGCUCCAAUCAAAGGCGCCGUCGUCGUUACAGAUGAAGGUGGUGCCCCUUCGGAGAAGUCGAAAGUCACUUUCAUCCAGACACUACAAUCGAAGAGCGCUUGGGAGGCUCUUAUUCACGGAUCGUUUUCAUGA